UUAAUGUUGCAUUCCUAUUUCAGAAUUUAGGCAAUUUAUUGAACAAACUCUUUGCUAUUGUCUGGGCAUUCCAAGUAUAACUAAGAAAAAAGAUCCAGGUCUUUCUUUCCUGCCUGAAAACUGCUUUUCAUUUGCUUCAAUUUCAUAAAGGUUAUGUUGGUGAUAGUCAUUUUUAACCUACUAGGUUAGCUUCGGUUUAUUGGCAGAGUGAAUAGAGUGCCCAAUAUGAAAUUUCACAUAUACUCUCAAGCAUUUCAUUUAUCUUCCAUGAACUGGUGCAGUUUUCUUAUAAACAAUAUCAUUCCUCUUCUCAAUAUCUGCAUUCUAAUUGGUAUUUUACUUCAUUAAUUAUCUUUAAGUUUUGUUUUCCAUGUUUAUUUAGUGAUUUUCAAAUUAUUCACAACUUGAGGCUUGAUUUGGCAAAUUUAUUGAAAGAUGAUCUUGUUUACGUAAAGAAUCCACAUAAUACAAAAUGUAAAUUAUUUUACCAUUUGUCUCCCUUGUGUACUUGAUCUAUGUUAUAUAUGUUGUGAGAUAUCCAAUAAGUUUGCACCAGUUGGUUAGGCUGUAUUGAUUUUAUGUGUGCAUGAGUUACCAAUCCUUUUAGGAUCAUAGAUGGGGACAUCUACAUGGUAAUAUAUUGGAAAAAAAAAAAAAGAUGGGAUCUAUGUUACUUGGGCUCGGCUUCAAAUUUUGGUUAUGGAUAUGUGUCUGACCAAAUGCAUUUAACCCUUCAUAACUUUUUCCAUGUAAUUGGAGUAUUGCAUCCUUGUACAUGUAUCCUCUUUAAAAUGUCUAUAUGUCUUGCAAGGAUAUACUAGGAAAAAAUGAAGAGCCUGAGCAGGGACAUUUGAUCACUUUGACAAUUAGAAAUAAUGAUCUGCCAUAAUUUUAUGAAGAAAUUAAACCUUUUCCUUUGCCUUUCUCAUUGUUCUUUGAUUGUUGGGAGACAAAUGUACAAUGUUCAAAAUGGAGUUUACAGAUGAUGGCAGCUGUGCAAGAUAGUGUUCACUGAAGACACUGAUCUGAAAUACCUGCAAUACUCUUAAAAGGAUUCUAGGGAUUUGAUUGGAAUGAGAAAAGAAAUAGAAGGACAAAGACAAAAUUAAAGAAGAUCCAUAUUCUACUCAAAGAAUUAUUCAGCCUCAUGCCUUUACUGUAUCUGUCUUCAAUUUGUUUUUCCCUUGCUCAUUGAAAAGUUUUCACUUGAAGAGCAAGCAUCUCUAGUCUGGCAGUUUUUAUGCAGCAUUCCUGUGAAUAUGAUGGCAGAGUUCCUUCCAUGGCUUUCGUCCUUUUUUUCACCUGAUGAAUAUCAGGAUAUGCAAAAGUGCUUAAGCAAAAUAGUGCCAGAAGAAAAGCUUCUGCAGCAGGUUAUCUUCACCUGGAUGGAAAGGAGAAAUGGUGGUGACACAUUAGGAAAAUGUCAUCUAGAUUCUACUGAUGGCGUAAGUCAGUCAUUGGACAGCAUAACAUGUCCUUGCGAGUUGACCAAGACUGGAAAAAGAAAAUAUUUGGAGCCUAGCCAUAAUGUUUCAGAGAUGGAUGGUACACAUCCAAUGAAUGAAAUAUUGCUUUGGCAUAAUGCUAUUAAAAGAGAGUUGAAUGAGAUAGCUGAGGAGGCUAGGAAGAUUCAACUUUCUGGGAACUUCAGUAAUAUAUCAGUCUUUAAUGAACGAUUGCAAUUUAUUGCUGAGGUUUGCAUCUUUCACAGCAUUGCGGAGGACAAGGUCAUAUUCCCUGCAGUUGAUGGUGAACUGUCUUUCUUCCAGGAGCAUGCUGAAGAAGAAAGCCAAUUCAAUGACUUUAGGUGUUUGAUUGAAAGUAUUCAAAGUGCAGGAGCAGUUUCUACUUCAGCUACCGAAUUUUAUUCCAAGUUAUGUGAGCAUGCAGAUCAAAUAAUGGAAACUAUAAGAACGCAUUUCCACAAUGAGGAAGUUCAGGUUCUUCCUAUUGUGAGAAAGAGCUUUAGCUUCAAAAGGCAGCGUGAACUUUUGUAUCAAAGCUUGUGUUUGAUGCCCUUGAGAUUGAUUGAGCGUGUCUUGCCAUGGCUGGUUGGGUCAUUAACCGACAAUGAAGCCCGGAAUUUCCUGAAAAACAUGCAGCUGGCAGCUCCAGCAACAGAUACUGCUUUGUUGACACUUUUUUCUGGUUGGGCUUGCAAGGGUCGUAACCCAGGCAUGUGUUUGUCUCCUAAUGGGAAUGGUUGCUGUGUUAAAAGGUUCACUGACAUUGAAGAAGAUUUUGUUCGAUCAUGCUGUGCAUGCACUUCUUCCAUUAAGGAAACCUGUUUAUCAGUUCGUGGAGAUGAAGUCAAAAGGCCAGUCAAAAGAAACACCUCUGUUUCAUGUAAAAAUGGCAAUGCCUCUGACCAGUCAGUUGCUGCAGAUUCUCAUAAGCCACCUUGUAAUGAAAGGUCUUGCUGUGUUCCAGGUUUAGGUGUAAAUACUAAUAAUCUUGGGUUGAGUUCUCUUUCAACAGCCAAGUCUCUGAGAUCUUUGUCUUUUAGCUCAUCUGCUCCAUCCCUUAAUUCCAGCCUUUUUGUCUGGGAAACAGAUAAUAACUUGUCCGACAUUAAGUCUGCUGCACGACCAAUUGAUACUAUAUUCAAAUUUCAUAAAGCCAUCAGCAAAGACUUGGAAUAUCUGGAUGUUGAAUCUGGAAAGCUUAGUGACUGUGAUGAGACAUUCCUUCGGCAGUUUAUUGGAAGAUUUCAUUUAUUAUGGGGUUUAUACAGAGCUCAUAGUAAUGCUGAGGAUGAUAUUGUUUUCCCAGCAUUGGAAUCUAAAGAGACACUUCAUAAUGUCAGUCACUCAUAUACGCUAGAUCAUAAGCAAGAGGAAAAAUUAUUUGAAGAUAUUAACAGUGUUCUUUCUGAACUUUCACACCUUCAUGAAAGCAUUUCCAGAAGUCAUAUUUCAGAAAAAUUAACUGGUAGUAGCACUGAACUUUCUGGUUCCUAUGAUAGUGAUUUUCUGAGAAAAUAUAAUGAGCUGGCUACUAAGCUUCAAGGGAUGUGCAAAUCUGUCAGAGUUACCCUGGAUCAUCACAUUUUCAGGGAAGAAAUGGAACUUUGGCCAUUAUUUGGUCGAUAUUUCUCUGUGGAGGAGCAAGACAAACUGGUUGGCCGCAUAAUUGGAACCACAGGUGCAGAAGUGCUUCAGUCAAUGCUGCCUUGGGUAACUUCAGCCCUUACUCAGGAUGAGCAAAAUAAAAUGAUGGACACAUGGAAGCAAGCAACAAAAAACACAAUGUUCAAUGAGUGGCUUAAUGAAUGCUGGAAAAAACCUUCAGAAUCAUCCUUGCAGAAUGAAAUGGAAGAAACUGGCAUUUCACCGAAAGAUAAUAAUUUUCAAGACAGCUUGGACCAAUGCGAUCAAAUGUUUAAGCCUGGGUGGAAGGAUAUUUUUCGAAUGAAUCAAAAUGAGCUUGAAUCAGAGAUCAGGAAGGUUUAUCAAGACUCAACUCUUGAUCCAAGGAGAAAAGCAUAUCUUGUUCAAAAUCUUUUAACUAGUCGAUGGAUAGCUGCUCAGCAAAAGUUGCCCCAAGCAGGAUCUGGUGAAACUUCUAAGAGUGAAGAAGCUUUGGGAUGCUCUCCAUCAUUUCGAGAUCCAGAGAAACAAAUAUUUGGGUGUGAGCACUACAAAAGAAACUGCAAACUCCGUGCUGCUUGCUGUGGCAAGCUGUUUACCUGCAGGUUUUGCCAUGACAAAGUGAGCGAUCACUCAAUGGAUAGGAAAGCAACCUUAGAGAUGAUGUGCAUGGGCUGCCUCAAGAUUCAGCCCGUUGGGCCAAUAUGCGUUACACCUUCCUGCAAUGGAUUUUCAAUGUCAAAAUAUUAUUGUAACAUAUGCAAGUUUUUUGAUGAUGAAAGGAAUGUAUAUCAUUGUCCAUUUUGCAAUUUAUGCCGUGUUGGGAAGGGACUUGGCAUUGAUUAUUUUCAUUGCAUGACAUGCAACUGUUGCCUCGGGAUAAAGUUAGUGAACCACAAGUGCCUGGAGAAAGGUUUAGAAACUAACUGCCCUAUCUGUUGUGACUUUUUGUUCACAUCAAGUGCAACAGUCAGAGCUCUACCUUGCGGUCAUUACAUGCAUUCAGCUUGUUUUCAGGCAUAUACUUGCAGUCAUUACACAUGUCCAAUUUGCAGUAAAUCCUUGGGAGAUAUGGCGGUUUACUUUGGCAUGCUUGACGCAUUGUUGGCUACUGAGGAGCUUCCAGAAGAAUAUAGGGAGCGGUGUCAGGAUAUUCUCUGCAAUGAUUGUGAUCAAAAGGGCACAGCUCGCUUCCAUUGGUUGUAUCACAAGUGUGGAUAUUGUGGAUCUUACAACACCCGUGUAAUCAAGAGUGAGAUGCCAACUUCAGAGUACAAUACGAAACAUCAAUGAGAGGUUUCUCUUCUUUACCAAGAUGUAUAAUGUUAGAUUGCAAAAAACUUGUAUAGGCAAUUCUUUUUUAGCCUUAAUAGGUGUCUAGUUCCCUCUACGACUGAUAUACACAAGCGUCCUUCCCUAUGUUUUUCGACUUUUGGGCUCAUCAAGAGCAUAGAGACGCCUAUAGAAGCUAAGGGCAUUGAAAAGUUAGAGAUGUAUAGAAUUUUUGCUUCUCUAUAACAUCUUACAAGUAAAUAGAAAAUAAUACAAUCUCAUCUGCUUGAACUUUGAGUUAAACCUAAGUGCAUAUCGUCCUAUUUUGCCAUGUUUAGAAUCAACUUGUGUCAUUGAUUGACUUCUUUCAACAAAGAAAAUACUCUUUGGGCCAGAAAGAAGCAAAAAUACCAGAAAAACUUUGUUCAUUGUACCAUUUUUCUCAACAAUUUUCAUGAUGAUAAUUUGAUCUUUCUUUCCUUGAUCAAUCUUAGAUCAAAUCCACUUUUUUAAUAUGAACAACAUGACCUUUAAAAGUAAAACAACAAAAAUAUGCCAGUGCAUUUUGAGUAUUUAAAUAAAUGGUCAGAGUAUAUACAUUUUCUUAAACAAAUUGGGUUUGAAUCUUUUUCCUCAAAUCAAAAAUUUAUCCCAGCAGCCUCCUUUGGCCAUCUAUGAUGGCAUUUUAAGAGAAAA